AACUCGUUAGCAAUACUGGCAAACUUCACGCGACUCCAGAUUCCGACCGAGUCCGGCCGUCGCGCCAAUUGAUUGGCCGAAACAGUACUACAGCGCGAGCAGUGCUGGCAGCAGCUGAACGGUAGUGUUCGAUCACGGUGUCUCACGAUCGCGCGCGUGCUCACGCGUUGUCAUCAUCGCUAAAAAAAAAAGUAACAGAGAGAGAAAGAACGGAGAAGCGGACAGAAUACGCGCACGCUGAUGCUGCAAAUGAAAAUCAAGAUCUGAUUAAUAAGAACCGUCAAAACCCGAUAACAGAAACUAAAGAUAAUGGAAGGAGAAUCGGAAAGUAAUGUCUCAAAUAAAGAUUCGAAGCCAAUGACUUGGCCAUACAUGAAUGUUAGUUCUCUGACUGCAUCGUUUCUGACCAAACUGUUGGCGGCUGGUAUCAUCUGGAGUUGGGGAUAUUUCAACUAUAGCAUAGGCUGGUUAAUUGCACCGAUCGCGUUCUCUGUGUGGAAAACGGAACGGAAAAAAGACAAUGAACUGAAGACGAUUACAGCGCAGGCCAGUGUGCUGGCCAAGGAGAAGGAAUUGAUCGUCAGUCGAAUGAACGAAUUACCCUCGUGGGUGUAUUUCCCGGACUUUGAUAGAGCCGAAUGGUUGAACAGAAUCUUAUGUAAGAUAUGGCCAAGUAUGAAUCAGUUUGUCCGUCAGCUGUGUAAGCAAACCAUAGAACCAUCGAUUGUUCAGAAAUUGACCGAAUUUAAAAUCAAAGGCUUUCAGUUUGAUCGUUUAGUCUUGGGUCGCAUUCCACCAAAAAUAUAUGGGAUCAAAGUAUAUGAUAAAAAUACCUCGAGAAAUGAAAUCGUUUUAGAUGCAGAUAUUAUGUAUGCUGGUGACUGUGAUAUUACUUUUUUCGUUGGGAACAUCAAAGGUGGUAUUAAAGAUUUUCAAAUGCGUGGUUUAGUGCGUGUCGUUAUGAAACCUAUGCUGCCCAUGAUACCGUUAAUCGGAGGUGUACAGAUAUUCUACUUGAAUGUACCUACUAUUAACUUCAAUUUAGUAGGAGUGGCUGAUGUAUUAGAUCUGCCUGGAUUCAAUGAAAUUUUAAGAAGGAUAAUUGUCGAACAGAUAGCGGCCAUUGUUGUAUUGCCAAACAAAAUAAUUAUACCUUUGAGCGAAGAAAUACCUAUGGAGUCAUUAAAAAUACCUGAACCUGAGGGCGUUCUAAGAAUUCAUGUUGUAGAAGCAAAGCAUCUGAUGAAAAAAGAUAUCGGGGUAUUAGGUAAGGGCAAGUCCGAUCCGUAUGCUGUCAUAAAUGUCGGCGCACAAGAAUUUCGAACAAAAACAAUCGACAAUAAUGUUAAUCCGAAGUGGGACUUUUGGUGUGAGGCUAUGAUCAGUUCAUGCAAUAUGCAAGAAGCUGUGGUAUCUCUUUGGGAUUGGGAUGCAAAUGUCCCAGGGGUACUAUAUGAUGAUUUCCUUGGCAGGGCUACUAUUGAAGUGAACCAGGUGAAGAAAAAGGGCAUGAUCGAUACAUGGGUUUCCUUGGAGCAAGCAAAGCACGGCAUGGUACAUUUGCGAUUAACGUGGCUACAACUUUCAAAAGACCCUACCGAUUUAAAAGCUGCUUUAGUAGAAACUCAGGAACUUAGAGUUACGUCGAUGAGUACAGCCCUUCUCACGCUUUACAUCGAUUCUGCUAAAAAUUUGCCGUGCAUUCGAGGAAGUAAACAACCCGAUGUUUACUUGGAAGCAAGCGUUGGUGGAAAGAAAGAGAGAACGGCUACUGUACCACGUUCUUGCGAUCCUGUAUGGGAACGAGGAUUCACCUUUCUAGUCAGCAAUCCGGAAACUGGAGUUUUACACAUAAAGAUUUCAGAUGAGAAAACUGCCACGGUAGUUGGGGAAAUGAGUUAUAAUCUUUCCCUACUUUUGGAAAAGCAUAAUCUCGAGGUGUCGCAACAGCCGUACGAUUUACAAAAGGCUGGAGCGGAUAGCAAGCUUGUGCUGUCAUUGUCGUUAAAUAUCUUAAAACAUGAACAGCCUGAACCUACUUCCGAGGAAGACGAAGACGAUCAUGACAUCAAUGAGUUGAACAAGCGAAUCGAACGUCAAGAGUCCAACAUUAGUAACAUAUUAUCUUCCAGUGUACCAUCAAGUCCUCUUAAAAAACAACCGUCAAAAGAAUCGAUCAACAGUCAACCUCGCAGCGGAUCCGCCGCAGCAAUGUUGCCCGAGGAAUCAAUAGUGGUGGCGGAAGAAAUAAUACUCAGCACCAGCGCUCCAUCUUCUUACACCGGAAGCCCUCAGCUUAUCCAUAGAAAUCCGAGUAUCACGUCUUCCGCGGGCGAAGCAAAAUUAGGGAGAAUACAAUUAACGAUACGUUACAGCAUGCAGAGGCAAAAGCUUUCUGUUUUUGUGCACAAAGUUGCUAAUCUGCCGCUUCCUCAAAACGAUCCGCACAACAUACCGGAUCCAUACGUGAAACUCUAUCUUUUGCCAGACAAGCACAAGGAAACGAAGCGCAAAACUGCUGUGAUCAAGGAUAACUGCAAUCCAUCGUUCGACGAGCAAUUUGAAUACGUAGUCUCGCAAGGAGAGUUGAACACGCGCGUAUUAGAAGUGUCUGUAUGUACGCAAAAGGGUUGGUUAUCUACCGGGAGCAACGUGAUGGGACAGGUCCACUUGAAAUUGAGCGAAAUCAAUAUCUCGAAGACGGUCACCGGCUGGCACGAUUUACAACCGGAGAUCAAAGACUAGAAAAAGAGGAAAAGUAAGUGGGGAUUCGGGCGUUUGUGCGUUUGCUUGACAAAACAACCGCUUAAAUUCCCACUUAAUAACCUUUACAAACGAUGAAAGUCUCAAAUAUUACAAUUAUCUCUAUAUUCAGUUGAUCAUUAUUGUUAAAUUAAUGAUUUAUUGAACCAGGUUACUACGUGGUGCUAUGCGAGACGCAAGACGUUUCACGAGAAAUGAUAAAAGAUAUUAUUUAAAGAGGUAUUCGUACUUACGCCGUCUAACGGCAUGAAAUGAUCUGAUAUAUAAUCCUACUGCAACUAUAAAGCAGAGGCGGAUUGGUGAAGUAACUUGAAAUUUCCGACAAUCUACGAAAUAUUUUAAGGGAUUAUAGGAUUGUAGCGAAUCAAAAUUCUAGCGAAUACUCUAGGGUCUUAUAAGCCCUUAAUAAACACGCGAAAAAAUCGGAUUUCAAUAGAUUCUUUAUAUACGUGUUAUUGUUACUAUUUUUGAAAAUGUGCCUAAAAUAGUUAAACGCUGGACGUUUAAUUCUUCAAUAAAAUUAUUACAUCCGUAAAUCUCAGUUAUAAGUGCAAAUAUUCAUAACUUGUGAGAAUACAAGAAAAUUGCGAUUAAACGAACGCGCGUAAGAAACAUUAAACAUUAAACACUUCCGAUGCCGAUCCGUUCCUGGAAUAUAAAUAUAUUUUGUACCUUCAUGUUUGUGUGUGAUGAUUAAUAGCCUACACAGCACGCUUUACUAAAAAGACGUUUCGAGAACAUCUUUAGAAUACAAGAAUAUACAAACGUUUCUCGAACGUCCCUAGGACAUGUGUGUUGUGUGGGAGCGAGUUGAACACACUUGUGCGCACUGGUACACAUUAAAUAAGACCAAUCUUCCCAUAUACAAAUUGAGACCAAGAUUUUGUUAUAGCCAAUUUUUAAAGAGAUUUAUUUAUUAAAAAAUUAUCUGAACAAAAUCAUUUUUUCUAAAAAAAGAACGCGUUAAAAAGGCGUCAGAUAUAUACUCGUUGAAAAGAUGCUAUUAUAUCAAAUUUAGGUGGAGAAUUAUAUUAAUAUAAUUAUACACAGAGAAAAAGAUUUCAUUGGAAUUAAGUAUUCUCAUUUAUUUGACUGAGUUGUUUCAUUGAAACAACAUAUGCUUGUAACAUUAUUUGUUUAAAUAAAAAUGUUGUUUUAUUUAAACAAUUUUUAUUAUUUAAUGAAAAUAAUACUAUUAAUAGUUGAUUAUGACUUAUUCAAUAUGAUUCAAACAUUGGUUUAUUAGACCAUUUCAAAUAAAUUUAUUUGAAUAAAGUUUAUUACAAUAAAGUUUAUUAAUUUUAAAGAAUUUAAAUUGUUUUCUGUGUAUUUAAUAUAAAUAUAUAAACUUGAAAUACUUAAUAUAUUUUAUUGUUUAGUAAAAUAUGUAUUUUAUUAUUUGCAAUUUUUAUUUUUACAUUUAGAUCAGGACACGACGGCUUUAAUGUAUACCAGUGCGCAUUAGUGCAGUUCAAUCAAAUUUGCUAUAAAGUUACGGCACAAAACGCAUGCUAUGAGCGGAUACUAUUAUCAAAUGAUCUGAAUAAUGUAAUAUAUAACACAAUUAUAAUUUAUAUAUUUAUCGAAACUACUAAGUUAACGAUAUUGUUUUGCGAUAUUGUGUUUCCACAUUUUUAUAAUUCCACGUAAUUAUGUUCCACUAUUAUUGUUACUAAUAAAAUAAAUAAAUGCAUUUACCAAUUGCACAAGCAAUUAAAUAUGAAUAAUUAUACUAAUAUUUAAAUAAUUCACAUUUUAUAAGAUACACAUUAAAUUAGUAUAUACGUCAUACGUCGGUAUAGUUUUAAUAUGGCACUCUUGGAAUCAAAUUAUUAUAUACGCUUUAUAUUUAUAUUGGAGAUUUUGCUACAUUAUACAUACGUAUAUAUACACAUAUAAAUAUAUCUAUGUACCUAUAUUCUGUGACGUAUGUCAAUAAUGUCACAAAUUGUUGAGAACAAUAAAUAUUAUGUGCAAUGUCACCAUA